AUGACGAUAGCGACGCCUUUCAGUGGGGCUGCGAACUCCGUUGCGGCGGCGAGGACCGUUCUGAUAACGGGAGUGAGCAAAGGGCUGGGAAAAGCCCUAGCUCUGGAGCUGGCGAAUAGAGGUCACACUGUGAUUGGAUGCGCUCGUACUCAGGAGAAGCUCACUGCUCUUCAAUCGGAGAUUUCCUCUCCGGCCAAUCAUCUCCUUCUCACCGUCGAUGUGAAAUCAAACAGCAGUGUGGAAGAGCUGGCACACACAAUUAUGGAGAAGAAGGGUGUCCCAGAUAUCAUAGUUAACAAUGCUGGUACCAUCAAUAAGAACAACAAGAUUUGGGAGGUCUCUGCAGAAGAUUUUGACAAUGUUAUGGAUACAAACGUUAAAGGAGUGGCGAAUGUGCUGCGCCAUUUUAUCCCUUUGAUGCUCCCACGGAAGCAAGGGAUCAUCGUGAAUAUGUCUUCUGGAUGGGGAAGAUCUGGUGCUGCCCUGGUAGCACCGUACUGUGCAUCGAAAUGGGCGAUUGAGGGACUAAGCCGAGCAGUGGCAAAGGAGGUAGGUGAAGGAAUGGCAGUGGUUGCAUUGAAUCCAGGCGUCAUCAACACAGAAAUGCUCACUUCCUGCUUUGGCACUUCAGCUUCCUUGUAUCAAGCUCCUGAUGCUUGGGCUGUGAAGGCUGCGACAAUGAUUCUAAACCUUACAGCGGGUGAUAAUGGCGGAUCUCUUACGGUCUGA